CGGGGCGGGGCAGGCACGGCCGCCCAGUUCCUGAUUCUAGAAGCGGGGCCCGGGGCUGGUGGCGCCACAGGCGCGGGGGCCGCGGGCGGCGAAGGAUGGGCCCGCGCUGCGCGGCGAGCCUGCCCCGAGGCCCCGGCCCGCGGCGGCCGCUCCUGCCCGCCGGCCUCCCGCUGCUGCUGCUGCUGCUGCUGCUGGUGUGGCCGCCGCCGGGCUGGGGCGCCGGGGCCGGCCGGCCGCCGCACCUCGUCUUCGUGCUGGCGGACGACCUGGGCUGGAACGACGUGGGCUUCCACGGCUCGCGCAUCCGCACGCCGCGGCUGGACGCGCUGGCGGCCGGCGGCGUGCUCCUGGACAACUACUACGCGCAGCCGCUCUGCACGCCGUCGCGCAGCCAGCUGCUCACCGGCCGCUACCAGAUCCACACAGGUUUACAGCACCAAAUAAUCUGGCCCUGUCAGCCCAGCUGCAUUCCUCUGGAUGAAAAACUCCUGCCCCAGCUUCUAAAAGAAGCAGGCUACACUACACAUAUGGUCGGAAAAUGGCACCUGGGAAUGUACCGGAAAGAAUGCCUUCCAACCCGCCGAGGAUUUGAUAGCUACUUCGGGUAUCUCCUAGGUAGUGAAGAUUACUAUUCUCAUGAGCGCUGCACAUUCAUCGAGGCUCUGAACGUUACACGAUGUGCUCUUGAUUUUCGAGAUGGUGAAGAAGUUGCAACAGGAUAUAAAAAUAUGUAUUCAACAAAUGUAUUUACCGAAAGGGCGAUAGCCCUCAUAGCUAACCAUCCACCAGAGAAGGUCCUGGGAAGAGCAUGUCUCCAGAAAAGUAUGAUUCUUCUCUUCCAGAAUAUUCGGCCUUCAACACAUCUAUCCAUGCUGCAAUCAGACACAGGAACUGGAAACUCCUCACUGGCUACCCAGGCUGUGGUUACUGGUUCCCUCCACCAUCUCUGUACAAUGGUUCUGCGAUACCCCCACUGGACCCACCGACCAAGACCUUCUGGCUCUUUGAUAUUGAUCGGGACCCAGAAGAAAGACAUGAGCUGUCGAGAGAAUAUCCUCAUGUCGUCCAGCAGCUCCUCUCCCGUCUGCAGUUCUACCACAAACACUCAGUGCCCGUGUACUUCCCGGCACAAGACCCCCGCUGUGACCCCAAGAGCACUGGGGCUUGGGGCCCUUGGAUGUAGGAUGUCAGGCGGCCUGGGGAGCAGGAAAACCUCUCUGUUGCAAGUUGGACGUCAGGCCUUUUCUUGUGUGACUCUUUUCUCAUUUGUUCUCCCCACCUGUGUUCAUCCAGCCUUUCUCUCACUCCUAAACCACAUGAGGUGUCUAAUUUCAACCCCUAGUGCAUGUAAGAAGCUGAUAAAAUCUGGAACACUCCUGCUGCUGGCUGGGGCAUGUGUCUAGAGGAGAGGGUGACUGGGUUCAUCCCCUUUUUCCUGAGCUCUGGGGCAGCUGGAACUUGAUUUAAAAUAAGAAGUUAUUGAGUCCUGGCGGCUGGAGCAGCUGGCUCUUUUUGUCUCACAAGUCAGAUGUUAGAUUCCCCUCUGCCCAUAGCCAGGUUUUAUUGGAGUGACUCACAUUUUUUGUAACAAAUGAAGGGAGCAGACAAUUGUUAAUGGUUCUGUUGGCUGCAGGCUCUCCCUGUCUGUGAGAGAUUGUGUUCAGGCAUUCCAUGUGAGUAACCCGCCUCACUUCACCCCUCACUGCCUCAUCUCGUUCCUCACCUCGUCACUCAUCCGUCACGGAGCAUGAGGCCCAUUUCAUUGUUAAGGUCAGCAUGGCAAUAUGCCUACUCCUUGGUUUUGGUUUUUACAAUAAAGAGAUGUGUUUUUAUCCCCAAGUUUUUUCCCAGCUGUUGCUCAUUUUGUCUAGACCUCCUGCCGCCCCCCACCCCCUAUGGCUCUUUUCCUUCCCUUCCUUUUGACUCAGGCGUUCUGUGCCUGGGAAUGCGGCUUUGCUUCUCCGUCACAAGCACCACUGAUUUUUGGAACACUGCUGAGCCCUGCCUGCCUUUUGCCCCAAACACUGAAGCUAGAGCCCUGCCCAGAGAAGGUGGUUGAGUAUGGCUCUGUGAGCCUGCUCACAGUGGACACGAAGAGGGCUGGGUGGGGAUGCCUGGGUCUGUGUCGUCUGUUUGGGGAGGUGUUUUCUAGUGGAGUGGAGUUUAUUAUCAUGAAGGCGGCUUUGUCUCAUAAUAUAUUGAGUUGCACUGCUGUUCCCUAGCAGUGAGGAGAAGCCUUGGGAAAGAUAACGUUGUCGUCAGGUGAUGGAAAGGGCGGUAUGGAAAAGGAAAUGGCCAGCAUCUGGGAUACUGGGCCCUGGUAAAGCAAAGAAGGGCACAUCCACAUUUCUCUCAUUCUCUCAGUUUCACUGCUUGUGUUGAGGUUCUGGGGUCAGGGAAAGAAGAUGCACAGAAGGACCUGCCAGCCCUUUCUCAUUCCCACUAACGUCUUACUGAUACAGAUCAGUCCAGAUUAGCUCCAAAGAGUGUCAGACUUGGAGAAAUAUGUGCAAAAACUUUACUUUUUUUGUGCAUUAGUUCCUUCACUGCUUAUCACUAGUGCCUAGUACAUAGAAGGCACUCAAUAUACACUUUAAAAAUUAAUGAAUGAAUGACAAAUGAGUAAAUGAGCAAGUCUCACACCACAAAAGGUGCUGGUCCAAUGGGCUGGAUACAGGGGUAGUAUAAAUGUCUUCCAACCUCUGCUUUUCUGCUCUUGAGCUGCCCUCCUGGGGUAGGAGCACAGUCUGCCUGCGUAUCUGAGCAGUCACAAGAUGCACCAUAGUAAAGUUGUAAUGUCCUCUCCGGGGGCGGGGGCAUAUGCCUACCAAAGGUACUCUUUUGCCAAUAAUCCUCAGUUCUGUUCUUCAUAGGACGCUAGAAACUAAGCCCACCAAAUAAUAGGAUAUAGGUUCUGGUACAGCCAUCCUGCAAUUCAGCAGCAAUAUUUUCUGGUCACUACUAACUUGUAUGAAAUUAUGGUGAUUGGAAGGAAGUGGUGCUAGAACUAAUGACACCUAUUACCAACAUGUACCCUACUCCUGGGUUGGCAAACAGCUGGCCAAAAUGCUGUUACCUCUUGCUCCCAAGCCUGUGGCAGAUAUUAUGAACUAACUGAGCCGAGAUGUUCCUUCUGGAUCCUUCUAAUCCCAGGGCUGUUGGUAGCCAUUAAUGCUAUAAGAUUGGAGGCCAUCAGUACAUGACACCUAUUUGCCCUCUCUGCUGUGCUCCCGGCAGCUGUCUCCAAUUCCAGUUCCUUGAUUGCUGCGUUCAGUCUGGAUGUUCUGCACUUGAUGGAUUUAAAAGGAAUUUUCAAGACUAACUUUUUGUAAAACUUUUGAGUCUUUAUUGUAUCCAUCAUAGAAUGUAUCUCAUUAUAUUUUCUUCUUCUGUACAAGAAUGUGAACAGAUUCAUAUGUUGUCAUUAGGAGUUUCAGUGUUAUUUCUUUCUGAAUUUGAUUGCCUUUAAAGAAGGGUUUCAUUUAUUUAAUUGUUUUACUUCAUUGUUUCUUUGUUACUACACAAUUGUUCCAGAUUUGGGAGACAAAAAAAAAUUAAAUGUAUCUUUUAAAAAUG